GCUUGGAAGGCAGUGGAUGAAUGUUGAAAAUGUCGUAGACUGUAAAAGUUUGAGGGUGCGAACCCAGGCACGAUGGGGUUUUUAAGGCUUUGGAUACGAGUGAAUAUUAGGGCUCCAUUUUGAAGACUGGAGUCAGAAACUAUUUUCAGGAGAAUCCCUCUCCUCAGGAGUUGGAAGGCAUCAGUGGUCCCCGGAGUCCAAAGUAUUGAAUUGGUUUGGAAAUCCACUGAACAUGAGUUUCCUAAAUGUUAUUAUCGCUGAUCUCAUUUUCUGUAUCAAAGAAAAGAGAUCCCCUUGGUUCUCGAAAAUUUUUUAAAAAGGGUACCCUCAAAGGUACCCAGACAAAGCAGACACUUUUGGGAAAAGUGGGUAAUGCUGGGGAACCGGGAAGCUUUGUGCCACUUUUGGCAGUAGUCAGAGUUAGCAAGACCUCGCGGCGCGCGGCUGCUAAAGGGCAUUGGCUGCCCGGGUCCUCCAGAGUGAGCUAGAACAGACAUCUCUGUGGUCAAUUAAACAGAGUGGGUCCUCUCUUCCCCGCCUGGCGGAAGUGCACACAAACGUAAUUGCAGCUCUGGGAAGAUGGCGGAGGAAGAGCAAAGAAAAAAAAUCCCUCUGGUUCCAGAAAAUCUCCUGAAAAAGAGGAAGGCUUAUCAGGCCCUCAAAGCUACCCAGGCAAAGCAAGCGCUUUUGGCAAGAAAGGAGAGAAAAGGAAAACAGUUCAGAUUUAAGCGACUGGAAUCAUUCCUACAUGAUUCCUGGCGGAAGAAACGUGACCAGGUGCGUGUCAGACGACUAGAAGUGAAACCUCAUGCUUUGGAAAUGCCUGAUAAACAUUCCUUGGCCUUUGUUGUACGCAUCCAAAGGAUUAGUGGGGUGAGUUUGCUGGUGCAGAGGACCAUUGCAAGACUUCGUCUGAAGAAAAUAUUUAGUGGUGUCUUUGUUAAAGUCACCCCAAAAAGCCUAAAAAUGCUGCGGGUAGUAGAACCUUAUGUGACUUGGGGAUUUCCAAAUCUGAAGUCUGUCCGGGAACUCAUCUUGAAACGUGGACAGGCAAAGAUCAAGAAUAAGACCAUCCCCUUGACAGACAACACAGUGAUUGAGGAGCACCUGGGGAGGUUUGAUGUCAUUUGUCUGGAAGAUCUCAUUCAUGAAAUUGCCUUCCCUGGGAAGUAUUUCUGGGAGAUCUCUAAGUUCUUGUGCCCUUUCCAUCUCUCUGUGGCCCGUCAUGCUACCAAAAAUAGAGUGGGCUUCCUCAAGGAGAUGGGCCUACCUGGUUAUCGGGGUGAACGCAUCAAUCAGCUCAUCCGCCAGCUGAACUAAACCCAGAAUAUCUGAAAGCAGUGCAUUGGAAGCACAUGUUUUUGUUUGAUGGAAUUGUUAUCAAGUAUCUUCAGAGAAGAUUAUUUUCUGCCUUAAGAAAAUGGAAGGAAGGGAUUGGGGAAGAGACAGUAGUUAUGAUCAUGGCAGGCACCUGUCAUCACAGACAAGUUCCAAGGAAAAAUUUCAUUGUUUCCUACAUUGACCCACCUCUGCCUCUGAAAUCAACACAUGCAAUGGAGAAAGAAGGCCUCCUUUGUCAGGGGUUUAAUGUUGGCGAAUGAGUAACCCAAGCAUGUAUACAAGGCCCCCUAAGACUUGUAGCAGUUGACCAAGUUUAGGAGCAUACUUGAAUCUAGAGGUCCCAAGAGUCUUGUUUUGAAAAGACUUGAAAUACUUAGGAAGAAAAGUACAAAAUCUGUGCUCUUCUGUCUCUGUUGAGUUCAUGUUCCACCUUUUGAACAACAGCUUUGUGAACUCUGAGACUUGCCUUGGCUCUAAGUGUAUCUGGGGGCUUUCUAUCCUGGCCUGCAACAGACUUAAGUUCCUUUCACUAGCUCAGAGUUUAAAAGAGGAAGAACCUUCACCAUGAACACAUAUACUCAAAAUUUUGCUUGGAAUUUCAGGGUGUUCAUAGACCCUUCUCUUUCAGGACCUAUACAUCUUCUGUGAGGAAGUCCUGUUCUUAUAAGCAUUUGGACUAGUCUUCUGGUUCCAUGUUCUGUAGAAACCAGCCAGUUGUGUUUCUGUUAAGAACAUAGUGGCACACACCUGUAAUCUCAAAAGCUCAGGAGACUGAGGCAAGAUUACAAAUUUGAGGCCAGCCUCAGCAAUUUAGCAAGACCCUGUCUCAAAAUUUUAAAAAGUGUGUGGGAUGAUGUAGCUCAGUGGUAAAGCAUCCCUGGGUUCAAUCCCCAGUACCAAAAAAUAGUGACAGAUUGUUCAAUUUGCACCAUCUAUAAUUCUACAUUAUUGACCAUUUCCCCUGCCUGGGGUUCAGGGUGAAAUUUCCAGGUUUCCCUGAUCAGCCUUCUCCUUAAAAUCCAGAUUAGGAAGAAGAGUCAUUUUCUUGUUUUGGCAUGAAUGAAAUUAGCACUAUUUGACUUUUAGGACCCAGACAGGCAACUCGCUUGGGUUUGUUUUUUCAUAUUCUGGACUUAAGUGUCCUUUAUCUUUCUGGUAAUGAGGUAGAUCAACAAGGCAUCUGGGGAUGUUAAUCCUGAAAAAAGUGCAUACUAUUUGUUUUCUAUCUACCCCUAAAAGUGGUACUCCCUCUGUUCCCUCACUUGCUUCAGCUUGCUGUCUAAGUUGCUGAGAAUGUCAGAGCCCACAUAAACUGAAAACAUGCUUAAUCAUUAUGUUUCUUGGUCUUUUGGGUCAGCUCUGCUGCACUUUUGGCUCUUGGAGACCCUCAAAUACAGCUAUGAAAAUUGAGUGAGAUGCAUAGGAAUGUCUUAAAAUGUGCCAGCUUAUGAGGUAAUUAAUUAGGUUUGGUUCCAGAGUUUAACCUGUGAGGAAGAUUCUAUAAAUGUGUUACUUACUUUUCUAUUGGAGAGCAUUGUGAAAUCAGAUUAUUUUAAAAUGAUGUAUCACAAAGUCAUGGAAAAACAGUUGUAGGUAGGGAAGCCUUGGGUUUAUAUCCCCCGUCUCUUACAAAAUAAGGGAACAAGGCUGGGCUCAGUGGCAGAAUGUUUGCCCAAUAUGCAUGAGGCCCUGGGUUCAGUCUGCCACACUGCAAAAAAUGGAAGAGAUACCUCUAGCUGGUCUAUUGCAUAGUUGUUAAAAACAAUAGUUUUAAAUUUAUAAUCCUACAUAAACAUUUAUAAAUUGUGCCCUUCCCUGUGUGUAACAUGCUAUAACAUUUCCCUGAGCAAGUUGUGGAACUAUCCUCAUUUCGGGGAAAACUACCUAUAUGUAGUCAUGAUAUGCUAAUAUGGGCUUUUCAUGACAAUAUACACACUAGGUAUGAUCUAGGUUUUGAAGGGAAAAUAGUUUAAGGAAUCAAGAGUAGAUGUAAAGAAAUUGAACUUUUUUUUGUGUGUGGUACUAUUGAUUGAACCAAGGAGUGUUCUGCCACUGACCUAGGCCUUAGCCCCCCUUUAUUUUCUCCCUUUUGAGACAAACUCACUAAAUUGCUGAGGCUGGCCUCAAAUUUUUAAUCCUGCCACGACUUCCCAAGCUACUGAAAUUAUAGGCCUGUUUUGUUUUUAAUGCUUUAGUAUUUAGUAUUCUUCAAAGUCAUUCUGGGACCAAGUUUUUAUCAGCUUUAAUUGUCAUCUGGAAAGUGGCUGUCAACGUGCCAUUUGGAUCCCAGGUUCACUUCCAUUACCACCCGAAUUGGGAUCAGGUUCUGUUAUGUCACUAAUCCCUAUGGGUCAAACCCAUUAGUGGUUUUAGGUGCUGGGAUAAGCCGGGGGGCCUCGCACAUGCUAGGCAAGAGCUCUGCCUCUGAGCUACAUCCACAUACCCCCAACCCCCUCUGGGACUUUGGAAAUGAAAAGGUGUCGCAGGUAGUAAAGUAUGAGAUGUGAGUUAACGUAUACCGACUGGCACAGAAUUUUAAAAAACUGAUAAUCGUGAUCCAGAAGUACCAAUACACAGCAACCCCUAUGAAGCUCCCAGGAGAAUUAGGUCCCAGUUGAAACAGGGUAUCCAGUUGGUAUCCAGGGUCGCAAGUUCAUGCAGGACACAGGCCCUACGACCUCGAGUCUCGGAAUCAUGCUGCCUCCGCCGAGCUGGGCUCCACCAAGACCGUUCUUACCCGAGGGUCUGCGAAGCAGGUGGCAGGGGCUCUAGGGCAGCGGCGGCGCUGGGGGAGUUUGCUGAACCCGCGGCUUCCCAGGGCUUGGGCCUUCGCGGGAGCUGAGAUGCCGUGGGGUCGCCAUGAGUCGCCGUGAUGUGGCGUUUCUCCAGGCCCGGAAGCUUCUGGCCAUGUUGAACCAGAUAUAGGAGCUGCGCCAGGGUUACCGAGGCCGGAGCUGACUCGGUGGGUUUGAGGGGUCUGCCACAGCUGCUGGAACUGCCAGGCCGCUCCAUACCCGGCUGCGAACCCUAGUUGGAAUAACAAGAAAGCACUUCCGGGUGUGGUGGGUGCAACCACUACGGAAGGAAACGAAGGGGAGGACGUAGAUCAUACCAAGCUGCCAAGACGUGGGGGCGGGGCGCUUGAGAACAGUGACCAACUCCGCGCAGAAACGUUUGAGACGCAAAAAUUUAGUCCACCUUAGAGUUCCCAACGUGUAAUGUACUUCAGAAUAAAAAGGAGAGGACACACCUCUGCAAAACGACUCACCUUUGCAUGCAUGCGUGCGUAGGCACCACGCAUGUACCUACCUACUUUCAUACUCGCUCCCUCCUCUUCCUCUUAUUUUUGCAGUAGUGAUGGGGAGUGAAUCCAGAAUCUCCUGCAUGUCUAGCAAGCCUCUACCACUGACUACACCCCAGCCACUAGUGAAUUUUUAAAUCUGAGGGUUGUGGGAACCCCUUAAUUUGUAUCACUCAAAUCACUUGGGUGACUUGGGGACUCUAAAUUUACAGCUGGCAUCUGAAGUCUUGUUGGGGACUGUGCCCUUUAACUUGCAGGCUCUUCACUAACUGGAUGGAGAGUGCCAGGAAUGAACUGCAGCACACCAGUUGGUAUUUAACAGAAUACUGAAUGAAGUGGGAACUCAACCCUCUGUGGCCUGGGUAAUCUAAAGAUCUUGCCCUCAGAAUUCCUUCCUCACUCACCAGAUUCACUUCCCUCGCCCCCAGAGUAUUAAAAAAAAAAAAAUUUUUUUUUAGUUGUAGAUGAACAGGAUAUUUUUAUUUUUAGGUAGUGCUGAGAAUCAAACCCAGCCCCUCACAGGUGCUAGGCAAGCGCUCUACCACUGAGCCACAAUACAGACCUUGCCAGGCUUACUUUCUUUCUCAGAUAUCCUUGGCCCUGGUUCAACUCCCAACAUCCUCACUUCGAGGCUCUGAUUUUCUGCUUCAUCAUUACCUUCUCUCCUGCUAAUCAGGUGCAAGAUGAACACCUCUCUGCAAGAUCAAAACUAACCUUGGGUGCCCUCGAAGCCACGAUAAAUAUGGAAUUUGUUCAGAAAUAGGGAGAGUAAAGUAUAUGGGUUUGGGAAAUGGAAGUCAUCUCAGCAUCAUCAUUCUUAAGUUCUUUCAUUUUGUCCCCAAGCAGGACAGGCCAAGGAAUCAGGGACCUUAAACACCACCAGUGCAACCCCCCUUAAUACAGUAAACUGUGCCCAUGAAAGGAAUAACAGAGCUGGGUUUGAAACAUCAGUCUCUCGACUUUCAACCCAGUACUAUCUCCCUGUAACAGACCACAUCUCCCUUGUUAGGGUCCCAGGUCCCUGUCCUAUGGGCAGUCAUCAAUGUGCAUGAAGAAAGCAGGGAGACAAAACAAGGAAAACUGAACAAAGCCAGAGACAGGGACACAGAUAAAUCUCACCCAGCUAUGUCCAGAGCCUUUCUAUGUAUCCACCAGGACCACAAAGGCUUAGAGGUUAUUUCAGCAGGCAUUAGCAAGGCCAGGCAUCAACCUCCAUGUAGAUAGACUCUGAAUACCUUCUAAAUCAUGUGUAACUUAUUAGACAUCUUUCAUCCAUGAUUUUUUUUUUUCUUUUUUGGUCCUGGCGAUCAAACCCAGGGCUUUGCACAUGCUAGACAAGCAUUACCGCUGAGCUACAUCCCCAGUCCCAUGAUAUUUCAUUUGUAUUUUAUUUUAUUUUUUUUUAAUUCUAGGGACUGUGUUCAAUGAUCCCCAGCACAGAGGGGGAAAAUCUCACAGAAUGAAAUGCCCUUGUCUCCCUUGUUGAAUCUCAAUUUGUCCUUCCAAGGCUUCUUGUGAGUAAGCCCACAAUUUCCAUCCUUAGCUUCAGAAUUAACCAAUCCUGUUUCUGUGCUCCCCAAUCCCUGGCUGAUCUCACUAUGGCCCUUAGAUUGGACCAUGAAUCUUACUCAUCUUAUAUCUGUAUGUGCCUAGAUCAGCACCUGUAGAGAUCUAAUGGUUACUGUCAGCUAAAGUCUGAAUGUGUCCUCCAAAGACCAUGUGUUGGAAACUUAAUCAUCAAUGCAACAGUGUUGAGAGAUGGGACUUUUAAGAUGUGAUUAGGGGCUGGGAUUGUAGCUCAGUGGUAGAGCACUUGCCUGGAAUGUGUGAUGCACUGUGUUUGAUUCUCAACACCACAUUUAUAUGUAAAAAGUAAAAAAAAAAAAAAAAAAAAG